GAACUGUCAAGUCUCUCAAAAAAUCAGUAAAAAAACACAGACCCUGCACAGUAGUGGUUAGGAUUGAUUUUAUUCAUUUUAUUAAACAUUUUAAUAUAUUUUAAAUUAGUGAAUUGUGCGCAAAAUUAAUAAAUGUCCUGAGUACUGUUAGUGUAUGUAAUUAAUUUUAAUAUAGAAAAAUAAUAAGGCAAAUAUUGAUAUGGACGAACCGGCAUUGUCCCUUCAACUUGGAAUGGAAGAAGAGAUUGUUGUUUUAAAAUUAAGAGGAGUACCAUUUAAAGUGAAUAAAACAAAACUUUCGAAUGAAAGUCUUUAUUUUAAUAGACUUUUUGCAGGGAAUUAUCGCGACAGUAAUAAAAAGGAAUUUGACAUAGAAUAUAGAGUAAAUCUCGAGACUUUCAAGACAUUUGUCGAUUGGCUAGAUGACGAGGAUCUAAUUGAUGAUAUUUGGGGCCACUAUUAUAACAGGGUUAUUUCAAAAUAUGUGCAUAGAUGUUAUAGAGAACUUUUAGAACUUUUUCGAUUUGCCUCCUUCUAUGCAGUGGACAAUCUUCUUGACAGUUUAACGUAUAUUAUUAUACAUAAAUGGCUGCAACGUGAUAAUUUGAUUGAAUUAUGGUUCCUCGCCGAGGAAUUGAAUCAAAAUAAUUUGAAACAAGUUGUUUUUGCCACUUGUUUAGAUAUUUUUGAACAUUUACCUGAAGAGUCUGUUAUUAGUUUGCCGAAGGAUAAUUUUUUUUCGCUUGUCAAUAAUGCCAAUUUAAGAUCGUCAGAGGCUCAUCGACGGAGGAUUUUAACUGAAUGGGCCAAGCGAAAUGAGAGGAAAUCUGAGGGGGAUUCUGAAAGUUCAGAGGAUAGUUCACAGAGUGACAAACCAUGCGAAUGUAAAGCCAGAGUUUUGAGCUGUGUCACCGGAUUUAGAUCAAAUUCCAAUGGUCUUGAAGAAGCAACCGUUUUCGCAUGGGACGGACAUCGUCUAGAGGAAUUGGCAAAAUUGGUUGAUGGCUACAAAAUUUAUACUCAAAAUGGAACGCAGAUUGUUGGCAGAGGUUACAGUAUUUAUAUUGUUGGUGGUGAAAAAUUUUUGGGCCACGGCACAUUCAACUUUUAUAUCACGCGAUUCUGUCUAAUCACUAAAAAAUGGUACCGAGUAGAAAGAUUACUGGAAGAAAGGCGACAUAUGGUCGCAACGUUUGUUGGAAAUAAAUUGGUGCUUAUCGGUGGUGUGGGAAAAUAUCGUAUAAAAUUGACUUCCGUUCACAUUUUAGACAUUCAUACAGGAGUUUGGACGAAAGGAAAGGAUGCAGCUUUCACGUUCACCGAUAUACCACCCUUUUGUGUUGUCAAUACUAGAAUUGUCAUUGCUGUUGAUGGAGUACACAGUUAUGAUGUUAAAAAAAAUGAAUGGACUGUCAUUAUUGCUGCAAAUAGUUGUCAACUUGCAAUUAGAAAUCUAUUAUCCCAUGACACCAAAUUAUACGCUUUUAUUCAAACUAAACGUGAGGAGUCAAUAAAAGUGAAAAUUUGCGUUAUUGAAAAAAUCAGUGGAAUGAGUAAUUUUACAUUUGUGACUCAUGGAGAAAUACCUGUUGGAUCAAGCUUUAAUAUUUUAACGAUAGAUAACCAUUUUGUAUGGUUUAUUAAUAAUAAUGGGACAAUGGGAGUAAGAGUUGGUGAUGCAUCUGGAUCUUACAAACCAAUAUUAAGUUACGUCGAUCAGAGACAUUCCAAAGUAUAUUUCAAGAGCAACGUUGGAUGCUUCCGAAUUUUGAAUCCAGAUAAAUUAUAUAUGCUGAUUGAUGAGGAAAGUUCAUGAGUGAGAAUGGGUUGUUGUUCGCAAUUAAGGUGCAGUUGCAGUCUGGCAAGCAAAAUUAACCGCUUCACCUUCACUCACGGUUGCCGACUGUGGGAAUGUCGUGAACACUGGACUCUUGGGUUCCUCGUUGGGAACUGGAAAAUCGAAAUCAAAACACAAAAAAAU